UUUUUUCCCCAAAGAGUUUCUGGCUUCUCUGCAUUUUCAUUGUAAUGGGCUGCCAAUGGUGUCACCUUUUUUCUUGUGCUAAAAGUGGGGGGGGGAGGGUCUGCAGAAGCCUGUAAAAGGUGGUGGUGCUCUUUGAUCCCUGAGUGAUAUCUGGAAAUGUUACAGGGAGAGUGAAAUAUUGGAGGUGUAUCUGUUGUGUCAGCAGAACUCAAGCAGGACUCAUGGGGGAAGCUGUUUUUGUCUAGAUGGACUAGUCAUCUUGAUGCAUUAUAUGGAAAUCAGCUCAACCAUUCCAGGCUUGCUCUGGAUUUUCAAAAUGUUGGUCAGGAUGUAACUUAGAAUGUGACCAGAUAGCUCUGGGUGCCUGGGUUGCUGUGUGUGGUCAGUGGCCGCAGGCAUUCCUCUAUGGGUGUUACAGAUCCCACUGCUCCAGCAACGACUCAUCCCUGUAAGAUAUCCUUGCUAGCAUGUAGGAUUGUCCCAACUGUGCAGCCAGAUACACUUUGUGUACCCUGCCAUUGGCUUGGGAUUUUGUUUAUUUAUUUAUUGUCCUUGGUAGAUGGAUUGUUUUUCUUCAGCAAAGACAGCAAAGUUGUCUGAAUUUUCUCUGGGAUAUUGUAAAACUCCCUGUAGUGGAAAUGCUAAGUCACAGCUUGAAGCAGUGAUUGAGCACCUGUGGGAAGGCAGGGCCAACUGAGGGGAGCUCAGGUGCGUGCAAUGUACCUGAGUGAUGAAAGGGGUGGAGACAUGAUCUAUCCCUUCCCAGCCCCCAUUUAAGGGUUGGCAGUGGAGGUAAGGGUAUCUCUUGUUGGAGAUCCUUGCUUGACUGAGACUUGCUGAAGGCAGCAGUGGUUCCCACAGCCGGUGGGCAGCUCUGGGUGUUUGGCGGGGAGUUUGCAUCUCCCAGUGGGGAACAGUUCUACCAUUACAAGGAUCUCUGGGUCCUGCAUUUGGCCACCAGGACCUGGGAGCAGAUCAAAGCAUCAGGAGGUCCCUCUGGAAGAAGUGGGCAUCGAAUGGUUGCUUGCAAAAGACAGCUGGUGGUCUUUGGAGGUUUCCAUGAGAGUGCAAGAGAUUACAUCUAUUACAACGAUGUGUAUGCAUUCAAUUUGGACUCCUUCACGUGGAGCAAGCUGGCUCCAUCAGGAAUUGGGCCUGCUCCAAGAUCAGGAUGUCAAAUGGCUACCACACCUGAGGGCAGCAUAGUCAUCUAUGGAGGCUAUUCAAAACAGAGAGUUAAGAAAGAUGUUGACAAAGGCACCCUGCAUACAGAUAUGUUCCUGCUGAAGACUGAAGGUUCAGGCAAGGAGGAAGAUAAGUGGGCAUGGAGUCGACUCAACCCAUCCGGAGUGAAACCCACUCCCAGGUCUGGCUUCUCUGUGGCACUUGGUCCCAAUAACCGUUCACUUCUGUUUGGAGGUGUGCACGAUGAAGAAGAGGAAGAGAGCAUUGAAGGGGACUUCUUCAAUGAUAUUUAUUUCUACGAUAUUGGGAAAAACCGUUGGUUUCCUGGACAGCUAAAGGUAUCAAAGUCAGAGAAGAGGAAGCGAAGACGUGGCAGACGAGCUGAGACAGAUGGUGGAGAUGAUGAGGUAGAGAAGCAAGCCCCACAAGGCCCAGUGGAGAUAGUCAAAGAGGUGGUGGCAGAAGAUGGAACUGUCAUGACAAUCAAGCAGGUGAUCUCUGGGCCUGCAGAUGAGAAGGAGAGGUCUGAAUCGGAGGAGGAAGAUGGAGCCUUGAGCCCGCAAGUGGAACCAUGCCCACGUUCAAAUGCCAUGCUGGCAGUGAAGCAUGGGGUUCUGUAUGUGUAUGGAGGAAUGUUUGAGGUGGGCGAUCGCCAGUUCACCCUCAGUGACCUCUACAGCAUUGAUCUGCACAAGAUGGAAGAGUGGAAAGUGCUAGUGGAGAUAGAUCCAAAAACACAAGAAUGGCUGGAGGAGUCAGAUUCAGAUGAAGAGGAGGAGGAUAUGGAAGGUGCAGAAGGAGGGGAAGAAGAGAGCUCUGAAGAGGAUAGUGAGGACGAAGGAGGAGAGGAGCAACACCCAUCUGUUCAGCCUGAUGAGAAGCAUGCAGACUAUCUGUCCAGGACAGAGCAGUAUUGGAUCAAAGUAGCUCGCAGCAACAUGGGCCCGGAUGCCAAGGAGAAGAAGGUGGUGAAAGUGGCUCAUGCCAUGGCAAAGACAUUCUAUGAAGAUUCAAUCUAGAUAUGAUGUUGGGGCUGUUCUGUGAGUGCAGAAACGUGCUGGGAGCAGUGGUUAGCCCUGCUGAAAUCAGCCUAAUGUGCCAGGCGGUCAGCGUGUGCCCAGAAGGCUUCCUGGCACUCCAACUCUUGCAUACUCCAUAUGAAUGCCUCUGGGCUGAGUAAUCUCAAUAUGCCUACUUGAUUAAUGCUCGGAAUAUACUGUUAUUCCUUCGGUGGUUGUGGGAGGGACUUGGAGAACAGGAUUACUGCCCAAGCACUGGUUCUUCUGAGAAUGGAACAUACAACACCAUCAUCAUUUUGUUCAGAAGUUAUUUUGAAGGCAAACUGCAUAUCACAAUGGUUCUGUAGUCCCAUAAUCCUUAUCCUGACUGGGGCCAGAACUUGUCUCCAAGGAUUUCUACAAUAAACUUGGUUGGUUACA